AUGCCGUCAUCCAGAGAGUUGGACCGGUUGGUCGGCAUGACUACCGAACGGGAACGAAUCCCGUUUUUCGAUUGUAGGAAGAUCUGCCCUCCUAACUCCAGCACGGAAACUAUCCGUGCUGAAAAAGAGUUCUUCACCGUAGCGUUUUUCAAUCAUCGGUGGUACAAUGGCAGCCGUGUUCGAGACGGUAAAGCCUUGGUGCAGGGAUGGAAUGCACUCAUCUAUAACAUCAAGUGCAUUGGCCGUGAGGCCUGGCUCGGUAAACAUGAUGCAGCUCGCAUCAGGUUUGAAAAGCGUAACCCAGCCGGGGUGCGAUACAAGUUGCACCGACUGUCAAGAGAGGCAAGAUUACUCUGUCUCUCGUGGGGUGAUUCGCGUCCAGAUUGCCUGGACAACUCAAAUUGUGCCCCUAGGGAGGCCUACCUUCCUAAUGAUCCCUACUGGAGAGCGCGCAUCUCUUCCGAGAUGGCCGAAGGUAUUGACACCUUGCAAUCCCUGUACUCGCGUUCGGGGAGGUCGUUUUCCGACGGCCCUUCUUCAAACGCAUCGGGUGGGUCUCGUCGUUCUGCUCGACGAGACCAAGGACAUCAACAAUCAGCUGGGCACGAGGCUCCCAGCUGUCCCACGCCGGUGGAUAGCCAUGCCAGCGGACGAGGUAACUCGUCCGGACGCCAUUCACGUCGCGGUGGUUCAAAAUACGCUACACUAGAAAGCCUUGACCACCGCUUGAGUCCACUAAAGGAUGUGGUGGCGGUGGGAACACCUGAUCCGGCUCGAGGGUCGGAUCAACUUGAUAUUCAGGAGCUGAAUCGUGUAACGGAAGAGCUGCAAGAUGACCUGGCUCAUGAACGAACUCGGCACCGUGCCGCUUUUGCGCUUGCGCAACUUGAGAACAAACGCUCAACUUGUUCUCUUCGUGAUGAGCUGGCUGUAGCUCGUCGAGAUAUCGCUGAACUGCGUGAACAGGUCGCUUCGCUAGUCGACCAGACUGGAUCGUUGAAACGGGACCACUCGAAGGUGGUCUUGGCUCUCGACCGCGGAGGUGUUCUUCGCCUCUCAAAACGGGCUCGUACUGAUAGUACAGGCGGAGACGCCCGACGUAAAACGUAG